AUGGCCUCCCUUGACGAAGAUACUCUUCUGGCCGCGAGCUCGAUACUGAAGUGUCUUGCGACGAACUCGGGUAUCGAAUCGACUCGCAUCAGUCGACCUGUCACCCUGCCGGGUGCUGCGACGGCCGGAAAAACACAACUCGAGCAUGAAUUGUCCAGCCUGGUUGGCAGAGUUCAACGAAUAGAGCAAAAAGCCAAUCUCGUCCACCAUCAAACUCUGCCCAUCACACCGAACGAGACAGGCGCACCAUCGGGUUUCGCGGAGGUCGUUACUGGCGGACAAAGAAGGUCUCCUCCCACAAGACAACAGCUCGCCAAUUUGUUUAACUCUAGAGAGGGACCUACCGAUGAGCGACCGCAAAAACUUCAGCGAGUUUCACCAGAUAUACACCGCCCUGAGGUAUUAGAGGAACGAGUGCUUGACCAAGCGGCACAGAUUCGACAAGCCAAGGUGGCUAAUGAGGGUCUGGAGCAGAAGUUGCUUGAUUUCAUUCUGGAACAGGAGAAAAAGAAUCGGCAGGAGCUAGAGCGUGUCUUGACCCUUGAGAGAGAGUUGAGGAAACAUCAGCAGGCGAAUGAGGCUUUCCAGAAGGCUUUGAGGGAGAUUGGAGAGAUUGUUACGGCUGUUGCUAAGGGUGAUUUGAGCAAAAAGGUUUUGAUACACGCUAUAGAGCUGGACCCUGAAAUCACCGUGUUCAAGAGGGUGAUCAAUACUAUGAUGGACCAGCUUCAAGUUUUCUCUGUCGAGGUCUCUCGAGUUGCCAGAGAGGUCGGAACUGAGGGCAUUCUUGGUGGUCAAGCGCAAAUCCAAGGAGUUGAUGGAAUAUGGCAAGAGGUUAUGAUCAAUGUUAAUGUUAUGGCACAAAAUCUUACCGACCAAGUUAGAGAGAUUGCCUCGGUCACGACCGCAGUCGCACAUGGAGAUCUGACACAGAAGAUUGAGAGGCCCGCGCAGGGUGAAAUUUUACAGUUGCAACAAACGAUUAAUACGAUGGUGGAUCAGCUGAGAACCUUUGCAUCUGAAGUUACUAGAGUAGCAAGGGAUGUCGGAACAGAGGGUAUACUGGGCGGUCAAGCAGAAAUCGAAGGUGUCAAGGGGAUGUGGAAUACACUGACUGUAAACGUCAAUGCUAUGGCCAAUAACCUCACAACUCAAGUCAGAGAUAUUGCCAUGGUCACAACAGCGGUGGCAAAUGGAGAUUUGACACAGAAGGUACAAGCGCAGUGUAAGGGCGAGAUCGCGCAACUCAAGGACACGAUCAACUCCAUGGUGGAUCAGCUUCAGCAAUUUGCUCGAGAAGUUACCAAGAUUGCCAGGGAGGUCGGUACUGAAGGACGACUUGGUGGUCAGGCUACCGUGCAUGAUGUUGAAGGUACCUGGAGAGAUUUGACAGAGAAUGUUAACGGCAUGGCUAUGAACCUCACAACGCAAGUGAGAGAAAUCGCAAAGGUCACUACCGCUGUGGCUAAGGGUGAUCUUACGAAAAAGAUUGGCGUUGAAAUGCAAGGUGAAAUCGGUUUCAUGAAAGAUACUAUCAACACUAUGGUCGACAGACUAGGCACGUUCGCUUUUGAGGUCAGCAAAGUCGCCAGAGAAGUCGGGACAGAUGGAACCUUGGGAGGACAAGCUCGAGUCGAGAAUGUUGAAGGUAAAUGGAAAGACUUGACUGAGAAUGUCAAUACCAUGGCAAGCAAUUUGACAUCUCAAGUGCGAGGAAUAUCUACAGUUACGCAGGCCAUUGCGAAUGGAGAUAUGAGCCAAAAGAUUGAGGUCGAGGCAGCUGGAGAAAUACUCGUUUUGAAAGAGACUAUUAAUAACAUGGUGGAUCGUUUGAGUAUUUUCUCGAACGAGGUGCAGAGAGUCGCUAGGGACGUGGGUGUUGAUGGCAAGAUGGGUGGUCAAGCUGAUGUUGCUGGCAUUGGUGGGAGAUGGAAAGAGAUUACUACUGAUGUGAACACGAUGGCCAUGAAUUUGACAGCUCAAGUCCGUGCAUUUGGGGACAUUACGAAUGCAGCGACGGAUGGAGACUUCACGAAGUUGAUUACGGUUGAGGCAUCUGGAGAAAUGGACGAGUUGAAGCGGAAGAUUAACCAGAUGGUGUUCAACUUGAGAGAUUCGAUUCAACGAAAUACCGCUGCCAGAGAGGCAGCUGAGCUGGCGAAUAGAACCAAGUCCGAGUUCUUGGCUAAUAUGUCUCACGAAAUUCGAACACCAAUGAAUGGUAUAAUCGGCAUGACGCAGCUUACUCUCGACACCGACCUCACUCAAUAUCAACGUGAGAUGUUAAAUAUCGUUCACAAUCUGGCGAACAGUUUGUUGACUAUCAUCGACGACAUUCUCGAUUUGUCAAAGAUUGAGGCUAACCGGAUGAUUAUGGAAGAGAUCCCAUACACAUUGCGCGGAACUGUCUUUAAUGCUCUUAAGACGCUGGCCGUGAAGGCAAAUGAGAAGUUCCUAGAUCUUACUUACCAUGUAGAUAGCUCGGUACCCGAUCACGUUGUUGGUGAUUCCUUCCGUCUACGUCAAGUCAUUCUCAAUUUGGUUGGAAACGCCAUCAAGUUCACCGAACACGGAGAAGUGUCCUUGACGAUCCGAAAAGCUCCUCAAGAUCAUUGCGCCACGGAUGAGUACGCUGUUGAAUUCUGCGUUUCUGAUACUGGAAUCGGCAUUCAAGCCGACAAGCUUGACCUCAUUUUCGAUACCUUCCAGCAAGCUGAUGGCUCAAUGACAAGAAAGUUCGGAGGUACGGGUCUUGGCCUAUCGAUUUCUAAAAGAUUGGUGAAUUUGAUGAGAGGAGAUGUCUGGGUAAAGAGUCAAUACGGCAAGGGGAGUUCGUUCUUCUUCACCUGCACCGUCCGAUUGGCCACCUCGGAUAUCGGUUUCAUCAGAAAGCAACUCAUGCCUUACCAAGGCCACAAUGUUCUCUUCAUCGAUAAAGGACAGACUGGCCAUGGAUCGGAGAUCAUCAAUAUGCUCUCACAAAUUGGACUGGUAGCAGUUGUUGUUGAUUCCGAGAAGCACGUUAAUCUAUCUGGUGGCGGCUCCAAGGUUGCAUCCAGGUACGAUGUUAUUGUCGUGGACUCGAUUGAAACAGCGAGAAGGUUACGGGCCAUUGAUGAGUACAAGUAUAUUCCAGUCGUCCUGUUAGCACCAGUUGUUCACGUCAGUCUUAAGUCAGCCCUGGAAUUGGGAAUAACUUCUUACAUGACAACGCCUUGUCUGACCAUCGAUCUUGGGAACGGCAUGAUUCCAGCGUUGGAGAAUCGGGCUGCACCAUCUUUGGCAGACAACACAAAAUCGUUUGAUAUCCUUUUGGCAGAAGACAACAUUGUCAACCAACGGUUGGCUGUGAAGAUUUUAGAGAAAUAUCAUCAUGUUGUGACAGUGGUUGGUAAUGGACAAGAAGCACUUGAUGCGAUUAAGGAUAAACGAUAUGAUGUUAUCCUAAUGGAUGUACAGAUGCCAAUCAUGGGAGGUUUCGAGGCCACAGCAAAGAUCCGAGAAUAUGAGCGAAGCUUAGGGUCACAACGAACGCCCAUUAUCGCCCUAACGGCUCACGCCAUGCUUGGAGAUCGAGAGAAGUGCAUCCAAGCGCAAAUGGACGAGUACCUAUCGAAGCCUUUGAAACAAAAUCACCUCAUCCAGACAAUCCUAAAGUGCGCUACUCUGGGCGGAGCAUUACUUGAAAAGGGCAGAGACGUCCGAUCCUCAGCCAACGAAGAGCACCCACAAGCUUUAAACACAAACGGUGCCUCCCCCUCCGUGCCCAACCCCUCGAACUCGCUCCUGCGCCCCGCACUCGAGCCGCGCCCCUUCUCAACCACCGGCCCAAUAUCCCACGGCUCACUAGAGUCCCCGGCGAUCGUAACUGCUGAUCAAGACGAUCCAAUUUCUAGACAGCUGAGCGAUAGAUACUACGAUACGAUACGACUCGACUGGACUCGAUAA